UUUCGGACGGAUAGUCGCGAGGAUUUGAAGGGAACCUCGCUGGCCAAGGGACGAUAAACUUGGCUAGGCGCAGGCGAAAAGCCGAAAUGCGAUGUCGCCUAGCAAGUUUGUACAUUGUCUUGUUGUUGUUCCGGUCGUCAUCAUUGCAAGCUCUGAGUGACGAUAAGAUCAAACCGAAAAGAUCGGUUGACAUGUGGCAUCGAGACGGGCUUCGGGGAGAAGCCCGUGACGUCUUCGUCCUUGCCGCGUAUCGACCCUUUUAUCUGACCGUGGACCAUUCACUUCCUGGUUAUGGUCUAUGGUUCGAUUGUUUGUUUAUCCUGUCACCAUCAGAUGAGGAGACACCUGACACAGUAGUUGCGACUGAUCACUUGCAAUGACAUACAAAGGGCCUCGACCCCCGUUGGUUUUUGGAAGGUUCUGACUUCGAUUCCAGCUUACCGCCUUGCAGAAGGCCUCUUGCACUAGAUCCGAAAUGUCUUCUCACUCACUUACUUCUCGGUUCUACUUUACUAUUGUUAUACGCCCGCUUUGAAAGGAAAAA